CAGGUUUGUCAUCGUGUCGCCGGCGGCGGGGCCCCGCGCGACCGCGCCAGCAACGGCUGCUCUGCGCGCGCGGCCGAGGGAGGAAGAGGAGGAGGAAGAGGAGGAGGAGAAAGAAGGAGAAGGAGGAGGGAUGAUGAGGAGGCCGCCGUUGCAUCCGUGACGGGGGCCUGAGAAGCCCGAGCUUGGGACGGCCCCUUUCCCACCGCCGGCUCACGGGCGCUGCUUGCUCGGGAGGAGGGCGAGAAGGAGGGCGACGGCUGUCUUGUGUGUGAGAGAGAAAGUGUGGGUGGAGAUGAGCUAAGCCCUGUCCCCCGGAGCCGCCUGAGGAGACCCGGCUCCCUCCCCGCCGCCGCCAUGGCUCACUCCCCCGUGCAGACCGGCCUGCCGGGUAUGCAGACUCUAAAGGCAGAUCCAGAAGAACUGUUUACAAAACUGGAGAAAAUUGGUAAGGGCUCUUUUGGUGAAGUUUUUAAAGGAAUUGACAACCGGACUCAGAAAGUGGUUGCUAUAAAAAUUAUUGACCUAGAAGAAGCAGAAGAUGAAAUAGAAGACAUCCAACAAGAAAUCACAGUGCUGAGUCAGUGUGACAGUCCAUAUGUAACUAAAUAUUAUGGAUCCUAUUUAAAGGAUACAAAAUUAUGGAUAAUAAUGGAAUAUCUGGGUGGAGGCUCUGCCCUUGAUCUAUUAGAACCUGGCUCACUUGAUGAAAUCCAGAUUGCUACAAUAUUGAGGGAGAUACUCAAAGGACUCGAUUAUUUGCAUUCAGAAAAGAAAAUCCACAGAGAUAUUAAAGCUGCUAAUGUAUUGCUAUCUGAACAAGGAGAAGUAAAACUAGCAGAUUUUGGAGUAGCAGGACAACUAACAGAUACACAGAUAAAGAGGAAUACCUUUGUGGGAACACCAUUUUGGAUGGCACCUGAAGUAAUAAAGCAGUCGGCAUAUGAUUCGAAGGCAGAUAUCUGGUCAUUAGGCAUAACAGCCAUAGAACUUGCAAAAGGAGAGCCACCUCAUUCAGAAUUACAUCCAAUGAAGGUUUUGUUCCUCAUUCCUAAGAACAAUCCACCAACACUAGAAGGAAACUUCAGUAAAUCCCUCAAAGAAUUUGUUGAGGCCUGCUUAAACAAGGAUCCAAGCUUUAGACCUACUGCAAAAGAGCUCUUAAAACACAAAUUUAUUUUACGAAACUCAAAGAAAACUUCCUACCUGACUGACCUUAUUGAUAGGCACAAGAGAUGGAAGUCUGAACAAGGUCAUGAUGACUCCAGUUCUGAUGACUCAGAUACUGAACCAGAUGGCCAGGCUUCAGGUGGGAGCGAUGCAGGGGAGUGGAUCUUUACAAUAAGAGAAAAAGACCCCAAGAAUCUAGAGAACGGAGCGACUCAGCUUUUGGAGUUGCAGAGAAAUAAGGAAAAGGAUAUUCCAAAGAGGCCUCUAUCCCAAUGCCUGUCAACAGUUAUAUCCCCUUUAUUUGCAGAGUUGAAAGAGAAGAGCGAAGUGUGUGGUGGUAACACAGAUUCCAUAGAAGAACUGAGAAAGGCUAUUUAUUUAGCUGAAGAGGCUUGUCCAGGCAUUGCAGAUAACAUGGUGUCACACCUUGUGCAGAGGCUUCAGAGAUACUCACUAGCUGGAGGAAGCACUUCAUCCUACUGAUGUGCCGUUCCUGACUUUUCUAAGAAAAACAGAGAUCCCACAGUGUCUGCAUCAAAGGCGCACGCCCUAAUGUUGUUCUGCCCCUCAGUCACUGGAAUGUCCUUCCUCCAAAGGACAUUCCUAAAUGUGCAAGAGUGAAAAUGACGUCUCUGGGAUGGAGGCGGUCUUUUUCAGCUCCUUAAAGCUAUAAUUUUUUUUAAUGAUAAUGCACAUAUUCCAGGGAGGUGUCUUUUUAUAAAAUCUGAAAUGUAUAUUUAGGUUUGUGAUAGAGAAAUUGAAGAUGUUGAGAAACCUCAGGUACCUUGCUUUAAGAAUUCCACUGGGAGAUGGAGUAUGUUUGUUGGAAUUGUGUACAGAUAUGUAUAUAAUGUCUUUUUUAACUAAAAGCCUUUCAACGUGCAUAAGGAAUCACUGUGUACAAAAUGGUAAAGUGCUUUUGUAGAUAAUGUUAGUGGGGUAAAUAUUUGACAGGCCAUAACUGAGUAUUGCCUUGCCUUUAUUACAUGUAAAUUUUGAAUUAUGUGAAAAGUGAAUCUUGGUUUGAUUUUUGUAUGUGAAGGAUUUGCCAUUGAAAGAGUUAAUCUUGUAUUAUGGAACCUUCUAUUCGUACCUCAGCAAAGAUACAGUUUUAUUCUGUUUCUCCAGUAUUUCUUCCUUUUUACCUAUAUUCUGAGCGUGACUUUCUAAUUAUGGUACUACUUCUGAUUGUUUUAAAUUUAAUACACCUUGUCUCUCAAAGCUUUAAAUUUAAAUUAUUGUUUUUCCUAAAGAAUGAGCUCUGUCAUAUUUUCAGUUUUAAAUUGUGCCAAUGCAAAUUCUGAACCCUAUGUAUUGUUCAAUUUUAGUAAUAGAUAUUUGUGAAGCUUGUAGUGAAAUUCAGGUACAAUCUUUUUUUCACCUGAACAUGUUUGAAUGCUCACACAAAUAAAUCUUUAUUACCUUCAUUUAUUCUGAAAUAUCUCAUUAAGACGUUGGCUCUGAGACAGUGGCAAGUAUUUCUCCAUCGUGCCUAUUUUUACCAUUAAAAUGGAUGUCUUGCAGCAUAAAAGAAAAAUUGUCCAUAGAUUCAGUAUUUGGUCUCGCUGCCUAAAUCUGUGCAUCUCUUCACCUAAAGUGAUAUACAUUAGACAGAAAGACUGCAAAACAGAGCCUGAGCGUUGGCCCAGGACAGUCCUAUUGCUUGUCUCUCCAGAAAAAAAAUUACUUGAAAAUUCUGAAUUCUGAAAUUUCCACUGUUCCUGUGAGCGCUCCUAGGUAGCUGAUUUACGGUUUUAUAGUUCUUGGAAAUAGUAAUGUUAGUUACAUACACAGGUGAUUAGGUGUUGUGGUUUUUUUUUUUCCCACAGUAUUACUCUGAGGUUUACCAUGGUUUGUUUCACCAAGGCUAUAUUCAGGUGCUUUUUAUUCUGGUAGCUAUAAAGCAUUUUUGCCUUGUUUUUAAUGAAGAAGUGGAAGAUUUUGUUUUGCAUGACAGGGAGGUAACUUAGCUGUUUAAUUUAAUUUAAAAAAAAAAAAAAAAAAAGGAAAAAAGGGACAGGAGUUUUGGAACACAAAGGAUUACAAUUUUAAAUGUGUAGGCAUAUCUGCCUGGCUUAGUACAAAAGACCCAGGUUCUCUAACCAUUCUGGAAGCUGGUGAGGUCUCCUUAUGAGAGGAAUUCAUAUCACCAUGGUAGCCCUUAUUCUAUGCAUAUUAAUAGCCUUAAUUAUGAAUUUGAUAAUAUAACAGUUAGAGGACACUGUUGUGCUAACAGAGCGGUGAAACUUCCAACCAUGUUGAAACACCAGUUGAAAGAAAUGGGUAUACGUGUGCUCGCUCCUGUAGCCAUGUUCUUAAGACACAACACGUUUGCCAGCAUAACGAGGUCAUGGUUUCCCUUUAUGGCCAAGUGAAUUGAAGGUAAAUUGAACGAUGCAUAAAUCUGAGCAAUGGUUUAUAACUUCUCUUUGGUUAAUAUCUUUAAGUAUGUUGUUUUGUGUGCUCUUAAACAUUAAGGCUUACCCUUGAGGAAAUAAAUUUAGCUUGACUGUUCUGAAAUGUGCAUCUGAAUACGGCACAAUGGGAAACUUACCUGUUGACAACUCACUAUUAAAACCUUCAGCCAUUCAAUAAAUAUGUGCUGUUACAGCAUGUGGAAAUAAACAGAUGUGUUUGCAUUUGAAAUAGAAGUAGAAUAAUGGAAGCUUUUCCCCAGUUAGCUGUUAAUGUAAGGACUUGAAAUUAAAGCGAGCUUACUUGGAGAUGCACAGAACUCAGAGACUUAGUGGGGAAGUUAAAUUUACGAUGCUGGCUGGAAUCUCAAGAAUUUCUCAGUCAGAAAAUUAAAUGAAGUUCUAAGGUACACUGUUUUUGAACAACCGUUUAAAAAGUUAUACAUAUAUUUUUUUGAGUUGCAUUUAAAUUGUGUUCCAGGACUGUAUGUUGAGGAAAUGGUUCUCUGAGUAGGUUGUGGCAGAAUUUGCUUGGUGAAUGUGUCCCUGGGCUUAUGAGCUGAAGAUGAGUCAGACCUACAGCAUGGCCAACUGGCCCUAAGGCUAGGACAUUUAGAAAAAGACAAGACCUCAUUUAUGGUAGAGAUGUGUAUUUUUAUAUGUAAUAUAUAGAUUAUUUAAAUAGAGACUAUCUUAAACUGAGAUUCACUGAAAAAGUGUGCUGUAUCUUGAAUGUAAAAUUACAAAUGUUUGCUAUUGAAAAGUAGUGAUGCUUUAAAAAUCAGAUCUAUAUUGGUAACAGAAGAGCUUCGUUUGAAAGAAGCACGGCCUCCGUUUCUGAAAGAGAAAAGAAGUGUAUUGAUAUUUUUGAGAGGUUGUUUCAUGCUAAAAACGUGUUUGUGUUACAAUGUUGCACUGACCAUUUUUCUGUGCAGGUAGUACUUCUUUACUCAGUCUUUGAAUAUAUUAAGUGACAAGCUAUCCCUAUUUAUGCAAACAUUUAAUUAGUGGAACUGCUUAUUUGUCAGGGAUUUGAAGAUUAGGCAGUAAAUGGGCUCACUGUUUAAAAAAAAUAAAAUCAGUCAUUUGAACUGAAGGCUUGUUUUUUUGUAAGUAUCGAUCAGAUGUAUAAUCUAUUUUUUUAACUUAAUUUUCCUUGCAGUUGCACUUUGUAGUUGAUCGCCAGUUUACUCAAGGAUGACAGCAGGGCCGCUGUAGCACCGAACGCCUCUGGGGUGGUACCAGAGCAGCUCUUUUUCAGAAGCGCCGCGGUUCCUUUGCAGCUCCAGACACUCCGUGUACGUCCACGCGGGGACGGAGCGACGAGGCGGUGACUGCGGGAUGAGGUAGCGGGGGUGGUCUGCCCCGGCCGGGCGGGAGCGGGGCGGCGGGGGGCCGUGAGGGCGAGCGCCUUGGCGCUCGACUGCCAAGUCGCCGCCAUCUUGCAGGCCCACCGUGACCCCUCUGCUGCCCGGGCCUGCCCUGUGCUUGGGACAUUUCUCCUUUAGCCCUUCCCACUUUACGCGGCGUUCCGUAUCGUUUUUGAAGCGAGGUGGUACCAGUUUGUGAUAGUUUUACAGUAGCCUGACUUUUAGGAAAUGUAUUUUUUGCCUUCAAAAAUGUCACCAUUGGAAGAUUAGCAUCAGAAGUGCUGAUGAGCACAGGUAUAAUGCAAGGAUCAGUAUGAUCGCAAAUUAUUUUUCUAAGUUGCUGGGGAGGAGCUUAAAGCAUAGCACAGAUCUGUAGGCUUGCUCUUUUUAACUGUAUUUUGCAGAUGUGCUGGUAAUUGCACUGAGCAUAUGCAGUAGACAAAUUGUAUGUAAUGUUUUUUUGCCUUCUUUUAAAGCAUGAUUACAGAGGACAAUUAAAGUGUAUAUCUUGUUUUCUGUAACGUUGCUGCCUGUUUAUAACCAUGUAUUUAAAUUUUACUUUUGUCACUCUACACCAAGAUAAUAAAACUCCUUGUAAACUACAUGACCUAGAAAUAAAGAAGGAAAAGUUUAA